AUGGCCGAUCUCGGCGCAGACCGCACUGCGGCCUAUGGCGCAGUCUACUCGCCCUCAUUCCUCACAAUCUUCUACGACAAGUACGUCCUAGGCUUCAAUAUGUCAAAAGUCUGGGGCUGCAGCACGGAAAAACUCCUUCUCCCCUUUUUCAGCGAAAACUUCACCCGCAACCACCUCGACAUUGGCGUCGCUACGGGUUGGUUCCCGGCAGCCGCCCUGGCGCGGCCGUUCCGCGCCACCAGCAAGCAGCGCAUUACGCUGCUGGAUCUCACCGCGCCGCCUUUGAACGCGGCAAAGACCCGCGUGCUCUCAGUUACGACGAACACCGAGGUUCAGUGCGUUGAGGCUGAUGUCACGGAGCCGCCGCCGAAGCAGCUUCUCGGCGAGCGGUUUGACUCCAUUUCCAUGUUUAAUCUGUUCCAUUGCAUGCCUGGCGGCAAGGCCAAGCUUCGUGCAUUUGGUUUGUACAAGGAGUUGUUGAGCCCGGAAGGUGUGUUGACCGGAUGCACGGUGCUGGGCCCAAAUGAGUCGACUGGGUGGUUUACCAAGUUCUAUCUCCGGUGGUACAACAAAUGGUGGGGUGUGUUCAACAACUGGGACGACAAGAAGGAGGACAUUCAAGAAGCGUUGGAGCAAGAGUUCGAGGAGGUUGAGACGUGGAUUGUUGGACAGGUGAUGCUGUUCAGGGCAAAGAAGCCCAGGAAGGCGCUUCUUGAUGUUUAA